GAGGCAUCCGAGCGGGAACCAGAGCAGGAGCAGAAGCGCGAGUGGGAGCGGGAGCCAGAGCCGGAGCCGGAGCCGGAGCCAGAGCGGGAACCCGAGCUGGAGCCGAAGCUGGAGCCGGCACUGCGGCUCGCGGAGCGGAGCGAGGCGGCUAAGCCGAGUGACCGGCAGGUCCUUCUUUUCUCUAAGUCGGGACUCAACAAGUCGGCAGGCUGGCUCCGCUAUUCUGUUCCAAGGAUUACAUGUCCUUCAAACGUCCCUGUCCCUCUCGGUACAACCGAACCAGCUAUUUCUACCCCACGUACUCCGAGAGCUCGGAGCACAGCCACCUGCUGGUGUCUCCUGUAUUGGUGGCCAGUGCAGUCAUAGGUGUGGUCAUCAUCCUCUCCUGCAUCACUAUCAUCGUGGGCAGUAUCCGCAGGGACCGGCAGGCCCGGCUCCAGCGCCACCGCCACCGCCACCGCCGUCACCAUCACCACCACCACCGCCACUGCCGCCGUUACCACCGAGAGUACGAGCAAGGAUACGUGUCUGAUGGGCACACGUACAGUCGCUCGAGCCACCGGAUACGCUACAGCUGUAGCCCUAUCGAAGACUGGUCCCCUCCCUUGGACCUGAGUUCUGAUGGGGACGUGGAUGCCACAGUGCUUCGAGAUAUGUACCCAGAUUCUCCACCGGGUUAUGAGGAGUGUGUGGGGCCAGGAGCCACUCAGCUGUAUAUCCCCACGGACGCACCACCGCCCUACUCGCUGACCGACUCCUACCCCGUGCUGGAUGGCAUCAUGUAUGGGGGCAUCAUCUACAGCCCCGGCCGAUACCAGCAGGCGCAGAGGAUCCUGGGCCAGCCUGGCCUCCACACCAUCUCCAUGGAUACCCUGCCCCCUUAUGAGGCCGUGUGUGGGCUUGGCCCCCCAUCAGGUCUGCUGCCGCUGCCGGGCCCAGAACCGGGGCCCAGGAGCUCCCCGGGCUCACCCACCCCGACCCGGGCCCCGGCCUCUGGUCCAGAAAGGAUUCUGUGAGUGACCCAGCCAGCCAGGUCCUGCGGUCCCUCGGGCUGAGCCACAAGGGCGUGCACAUACACAGAUACACACACAGGCUUACAAGGGCAUGCGCACACGCACACGCACACACACACAGAGAUGCACACACAGCACUCCCACGUGCACACAUACAUACACAGUUUGUACACCUACACACACACACAGAUGCACACACAGCACUCCCAUGUGCACAUACAGAUAGCUUAUACAAGUACACACACACACACAGCUGUGCACACACUUCUACGUGCACACACAGAUGAACGGUUUGUACAUACACAUACACGCUGACACACAUGCACACACGCAUCCAGAUAUGCACCACACAUGUACAGACAUGUGAAUACACACAGCCCCCCUCCCACAUCCACACAAACCCAUCUGCUAAGGUUUCAUUAAAAAUGAAGCUCUCUUGACCUCCCGUCUCCUCCCCAGCCUAUUGGUUAUGCCUUUGCAGGCAAUGCUGGGAGAAGACAGUUGGAGAGGGACAGGGCCUUGCUCCCCCCUCUCCCUGGCCUGUUUGCCUCUGCCCUCGCCUGGCAGGCUGUGCCCAAACUCUGAUUCUGCCUCCAGAAACUGCCCGACCCUCCCAGGUCGGCCCCCUGCCCCCACCCCCACUCCAGGGCAACACGCCCUCCUGGGCAGUGGGACAGGCCUCAGUGAGGUUCAGCCACACACUGGACCCCUCCCUCAAUUCCAGGGCAGCCACACUAUCACCACCCUGACACUUACGGGGUGAGGGACAUGGGCCUGGGGGCCCAGGCACAACCUGGAAGCCCUCACCGCCCCCCCCCGCCCCCUCCCUAUCCCAGUGCCCCCGGCCUCAUGGCGCUGGCGGCGUUAUUUUGGAGGGCCCCCACCCCAAGCGACUGGUGAUGAGCAGGGUCCUUGGCGGGUGUACGACAGUGGUGGUGGUGGGUUACAGCUGUCCCCGUGUCAGUCCAACCACGGCCCAGGGCUGAGGGUCUUCAAAGAAGAGAAGGGUGGCCUGGGCACAGCUCUGAGACAGAGACGUGGCCCCUCGCUAAGUGCGUGCCCAGCUGACCACCAUGGCCCGAGUGUGAGCUGUCUACCCUUCCCCAGGGCGGCAGCUCCUAGUUGGGAAUCGUGAGCUGAUGCAUUCUGCCCCUGCCCUCCAGGGCACUUGCAGAGAUGAAAUACUGGGGAAGCGGGCCCCUUAAAUACUAGCAUGCCACCAUGAGGAUCUGGGCCUCACCGCCAGAGGCACCCGGAAGGGGAUAUAUGGGUGUGCCUGCUUACAGAGUGGCCCACAACUCCCAGCAAUUUCCAUCUGAGAAGAUGGAUGAAGACCCAGCCUGCCAGAGGGAGGCAGCCGAACAGCUUUGCAGAGUGUCCCGCCAGCAUUGCCAGCGGCAGGAAGUGGAAACCUCGAGUCCACCCUGCCUCCCCCCGCCGCCACCCACCCCUGCCCCCCAUUUCCAUUCUUCUAAUGAAGGGCUAAGACAUUUCAGUAAUCCCUUUCUUGAGAAGUAGGGUGACAAGGAUGGCAACCGUGAAUUUUACUUUCUGUAGAAAUAGGGUUUCUUCCGGUGCAGAACCGAAAGGAAUCCGUGCAGAGGUUCUGUGGUAUCCUGAAGCACCCGACUCCGCCAGGAAAGGGACCUUGUUUACAAGCAGUUCUGUCCGCCUCUGUGAUGUACUGUUUUCUAGGCAAAAAAUAUCUGUCUGUUGUACUGUAUAGCCUUUAAAUGCACUCCAGGGAUGGGACUCUUUUAAGAAAUGCAUCCUGCUUCUGCAACCCUAGAGAGUACUGUGGGAAAAAAGAUAAAAAUCCCUAAGUACUCACCAGUGUUUGAGGGAUGGAGCUAAACAGCUUUUCUCGUUCCUGGUUUAAGCGCUAAAUAAGCAACAAUGUAUCUUUUCUGUGUUCAA